GAAUACCACUCUCCAGACUGUCAUUUACAGUUAUGUGCGCACAUUAGCACCGAAAAAUGUAUAAAAUAUUAAAAUCUAAUUGCUACAGUUUUUACCGCCACAACUCUUCCCCUGCCAUUUUUUGCCAUUCACCACGCACAUAAUAACAAACUAACACGCGGAGCUCUCGACAUAAGCAAUGGAAAUUAAAUCCAAGAAAUCGAAGCACGACAAGAAGUCCAAGGCGCCCAAGGAAUCGUCUGUUUCGCUUAAACUGACCGCUUUGCAUAGGAAGCAAAAGGAAGUCUCCCGCGUGCUCACCCUAAAACAGGAUAUAUUGGUUAAAUCGGCAGUAUCCUAUCUGGAAUAUCAGGAGAUUCGGGCUGAAAUCGAGCGACUCAACGGCUUAAAGGAGUUGUUCUCGCGUCGCGCUGAUAAACUGAAACAGCAGGACAAAUAGCUUAGUCGAUUUACUUAAGGGGAUAUUUAAGUGUAAUGAAGUCUUUCAUAAAAUGUGGCAGUCAUACCAUUAUUGAAAAUGUUUUGUGCAUUCAUACAUUUUUUGUAUGAAUAUAUCAUACAUUAACUUUUAUUGAUUUAUGAAUAUAGUCUAAUCUGAUCCAUAACUAAA